UGGCGCAGGGGCGGGCGCCGAGCAGAGCGAGCUGCGGCCGUGGCAGCUGCACGGCUCCUGGUCCCGGAGCAUGCGCGAGAGCCGCCCCGGAGCGCCCCGGAGCCCCCCGCCGCCCCGCCCGCGGCGCCCCGCGCCCCGCCGCCAGCGCACCCCCGGACGCUAUGGCCCACCCCUCCGGCUGGCCCCUCCUGUAGGAUGGUAGCACACAACCAGGUGGCAGCCGACAAUGCAGUCUCCACAGCAGCAGAGCCCCGACGGCGGCCAGAGCCUUCCUCCUCCUCGCCCGCGGGCCCCGCGCGCCCGCGGCCGUGCCCCGCGGUCCCGGCCCCGGCUCCCGGCGACACGCACUUCCGCACGUUCCGUUCGCACGCCGAUUACCGGCGCAUCACGCGCGCCAGCGCGCUCCUGGACGCCUGCGGAUUCUACUGGGGGCCCCUGAGCGUGCACGGGGCGCACGAGCGGCUGCGCGCCGAGCCCGUGGGCACCUUCCUGGUGCGCGACAGCCGCCAGCGGAACUGCUUCUUCGCCCUUAGCGUGAAGAUGGCCUCGGGCCCCACGAGCAUCCGCGUGCACUUUCAGGCCGGCCGCUUUCACCUGGACGGCAGCCGCGAGAGCUUCGACUGCCUCUUCGAGCUGCUGGAGCACUACGUGGCGGCGCCGCGCCGCAUGCUGGGGGCCCCGCUGCGCCAGCGCCGCGUGCGGCCGCUGCAGGAGCUGUGCCGCCAGCGCAUCGUGGCCACCGUGGGCCGCGAGAACCUGGCUCGCAUCCCCCUCAACCCCGUCCUCCGCGACUACCUGACCUCCUUCCCCUUCCAGAUUUGACCGGCAGCGCCCGCCAUGCACGCAGCAUUAACUGGGGUGCCGUGUUAUUUUAUUACUUGCCUGGAACCAUGUGGGUACCCUCCCGCGCCUGGGUUGGAGGGAGCGGGUGGGUGUAGGGGCGAGGCACCUCCCGCCCUCGGCUGCAGACGAGGCCUCAGACCCCUUCUCACCUCUUGAGGGGGUCCUCCCCCUCCUGGUGUUUCCUCUGGGUCCCCCUGGUUGUUGUAGCAGCUUAACUUAACUGUAUCUGGGGCCAGGACCUGAACUCGCACCUCCUACCUCUUCAUGUUUACAUAUACCCAGUAUCUUUGCACAAACCAGGGGUUGGGGGAGGGUCUCUGGCUUUAUUUUUCUGCUGUGCAGAAUCCUAUUUUAUAUUUUUUAAAGCCAGUUUAGGUAAUAAACUUUAUUAUGAAAGUUUAAAAAAAAAAAAAAG